GAGCCAUGAUGCGCGCCGGAGCCACCGUCAUGUCCACGAACGCCGGGGAGACCGUCGCGGUCUCCGGCCGGUCUCCAGGCGAGCCUGGAACAGCCGCUGCUGUGCAGCGUCAGACUCUCCAGGCUCUACUCCUCACCGCGUUCCCACCUACAAAAGACCUCGCCUGCGGUCUGGGAGCGUCAAAGGUACUUCUAUCGCACGUCCAUUUCCUUCCUGCCGUACCUCCUCACCGUAAUGGGCCGCUGGACGCAGUAUGACGAGGACGAGUACCGCUUGCCCGAGGGCAUGAAGCGGGUAGGAUACGACUCUGACACGAGCAAAUAUUAUUACCGAGACGCAGAUGGAACGCUCUGGGAGGGCCCAGCAGGCGCGGACUACGGAGAGCUCACGCAAGUAUCCAGUGCGCCUAUUGUGCUUGACGAUGACGGACAUGCCAGUGACGAAGACCUGGAGGCAGCCCCGACUCGGGCAGACGGCUACAAGCCGCUGGCGAGCGAUGCGAACCAGUCCCCCCAUUUCAUGUCCAGCGGUAACAGGCAUGCGUAUCGCAUGCUCUUCCCGUUCUUCCUCCUCGUCGCCGUCGCGUUGCUCCUUGUAAUCCGGCUCGCGUUCUACAGCACGAGCUCCGACCCUCCCCCACCCAACUCCGCGCUCUGCCCCAACGAGAGCGAGCCCGUUAACGUCAAGGCGGGCGACACCUGCUGGAAGCUGUCGCAGGCGCGUAACAGCACGCUGGAGGAGUUCCUCAACUUGAAUCCCACCGUGGAUUGUAACAGUUUAAUGCCUGGUCAAAACGUUUGCUUACCCACGCCCCAGAAUGCAGACUAGGUUUCUGGUCUGCGUUCUUUCGCCCUUUUGCUUCAUGAUGAUGCUGUCCACUCACUCAUACACAUUGUACCAUAGUGUCCACCCGUAAUACCUGUGUACUGUACGGGCCGCAGAUCAACUGCGAACCCUACGUCUCCUACUUAGCCUGCGACACCUAUGGAAUGCCACGUUUGUUUCGGUCUCGUCGUUCCAUUCUGAACUGAGUGUAACGGGGGCGGCAGUGUCCACACGGAUUAAUCCAAACCUAUGGCAACCUGCAUCCAAGUUGUGUAUAUACUCAGUGACAUGCUGUGGUGAAUCCAGGACGCGCAAGACCCAUGUAGAGCUCAGGCAGGCGUCUUCACAAAGCAUAAUAGACGGAUGGUCAUCGUAGACCCUGU